CUGAUUAAAAAAGCUUUACCAGUAACGUUUUGUCAAUUUAACUUUUCAAUUUAGUCAAUCAAUUAACUAAAAAAUAGUGAAAUCCUCUUGUAAUUAUUGUUUAAAUACUAAUCUUUCAUCAAUUGUUACUGAGGUCUAUUUGUCAACAAUUAUGGAUGAACCAUUUAAUGAAACAACUAAUGACUCUACUAAUUUAUCAUCUGAAAACAAUCAACUUGAUGUUAAAUCAUCAAUAACGGAUGGGCCUUACAAGAAUGAGACUCUUGAAAAGUUUAUUACUCUUUGUCGAUCUCGCCUGACUGACACGCCAAAUCGUCGUAAAAAAAGGUAUUCUAGUUUGCGUCGAGCCGUUUCUCGUUACAAUUCAUCCCGUCAUUGGAAUCAAGCUACUUUUGAUAAUCUGAUUAAAAAGUUCAGUUGCUUGAUGGAACUCGAUAUUGAACAUGAACAAGCAAAUGAAAUUUACAGUGAGUUAUUGAAAGAAUUGGCUUCACACACAGGACGCAGUUGUUCUGGAAGAUGUCGUAAGAAGAAAAAGAGCAAAACUGAGACCACAUUGGCGAAACUUGAAAAAUCACUAGCCAUUGCUCAGCGUCGGAUUAACAAAUUGAGAGAUGAACAAUCAGCGAGUACUUGGGAGGCUCGAGGGCAACCUAAUUACAAGCUCAAUGGAAUCGAAAAGAAAGCCGCACGGUUAACCAGAAAGAUAGAUGAUCUUAAUAAAUUAGCCCUCAGAUCGUCAUCUGCUAACAGAAGGUCAAUUAAGAUUGAAAAUGACGAUGGAUCAAAUGGUGGCAACGUCAAUAGUGAUGGUGAUGUGGAUGAAUUGAACUGCCUUCUCAAAUCAGUUCGCUUAAAGGAGUGUGUCAAAAUUAAACCCAAAACAGGUAGUUUUGGAAGUGCCAAAUUUUCUAGUGUGAAAAAUAGUUAUCCGAAAUGUGAAAUGGUCGAGAUUAAAAAGUAUGAUCAAAUAAACCAAUGCUAUGUAUCGUCGAUUGAUCAGACCGGUAUAGAUCCUGAUCAACACAAAUUCAUCGUCCAUAGAAUAGUCAAUCCAGCUUCACCUAGCAAAAAAUGCUCUGCCUCAGAUCUCAAACACCCAUCUAAAAUGCCUUUCUCAAAGACUCCAAAAAAUCGGCUUCGAUCUGAAUACGACAAGCGGAUAAUACAUAAGGAAAUAGUCACUCAAAGAAGGGAAUCUGCCGUUGAUUUAAUCCUUGAUCGAUUCAGGCAUUGCAACCUGAAUUCAGCUCAAGAUUAAGUGUUUCCUACAAGCAAAAUAUAAAUUAAAAUUGGCCUUUUUUCGACAAUCAAAGAAAUAACGAACAAAUCUUUCAAUAAACAAAUGCCUUAAAUUGAUAAUUUUCGUAAAUAUUUCGACCAUCCGUUUUAACGAUUCCUAUUUUUGGAUCAUCUAUCUAUUCAUGUGUUCAAUUUUUUCAUGUGCUGCUGCUGAUCUGACCAGUGUAUUUCCUAUUUCUGUCAAAACCAACUAAUAAACAUCAAAAACUCCAUAAUGUGAAAAUUUUCUCUUCACUUUACUUUCACUCUCAACUGAAAAUGUACCUUGAAAUAAGUUGAUUACAGUUAUUUUUGUAUGUUUA